CGGACAAAUGUGGACCGAUGAGGCUGCCAAAGAAAAACGCGCAGAGUCUAAAUACAUGCACCAGCGAAUGGACAGACUGCGAGCGCACGGCCAUCCAACUCAUAUGAGCAAUAAUAACGGCGCGAACACGCACACACCCCGCCCACACACACACACACACACACACACACGUGAGUAGGGCACCGGGCAGGGUGCGUUCCGCCGAUCAUCUCCGUCCCUCCCUCCAGCGGGCAGAUCGCCUGUGCCUCCUGACAGUGCAGAGACUGCGAGGCUGUGGAGCGGCUGCAUCGGGCGGAGAGGACUGUGCGCCUGCAUCGGGGAGCGGUGCGUGGGAGUUGUUUCUCUCUUCUCUACCUGCCAUUUGCAUUCCGUCGUCUUUAUUCUCUGGCAUACACUCGAUCCCCGGACGAGUCCGGGCGCACUGGGAGUCCCGUUACCGAGUGAGCAUCGCGCGCUUUGUGUGUGUGUGUGCGCGCGCGAGAGUGUGUGCGUAAGUGUGUGGGGGGGUUCGCCUGUUUCAACUACAGCUGUCGGAUGAUCGUAUAGCACCGGGGUUGCUGACGUUCGUGGAGACACUCGUUGGAAAUCUGCAAGGGACGACCGGCUGUUGUGUAUUCUCCUCAGCUUCAGCAUCUUUUUGGAGAGACAGAGAGAGAGAGAGAGCUUCCUUUCAAGGCGAUGGACUUGAGAUAGUGCGUCUCCAUUUGCGUCGUGGUGGUUGGGAGUUGCCGUCGGUGAGAAAUGCGAAAGGAUGCUCGGAAGCAGUGAAGGCUACAGCAGGUAACCGAUAAGAUGGUGGCCAGGGAAGCGACUGGGCACAGCUACCUGGUGGCUUGCUGGCAGCCCAUUCUGAUCCUGAUGCUGGGCACUGUGCUGUCUGGCUCCACCACAGGAUGUCCAUCCCGCUGUGAGUGCAAUGUUCAAGAGCGCUCUGUGAUGUGUCACCGCAAGAAGCUCAUGACAGUUCCUGAAGGCAUUCCUGCAGAAACCAAACUGCUCGACCUCAGCAAGAACCGCAUUAGAACCAUCAACCCGGAUGAGUUUGUCAACUUUGCCAACCUCGAACACCUGGAGCUCAGUGAAAAUACAAUUUCCACUAUUGAACCUGGAGCUUUCAACAACCUGUACGGAUUGCGGACAUUGGGGCUGCGUAGUAACAAGCUUAAGCUGAUCCAGCUUGGUGUCUUCACAGGCCUAAGCAAUCUUACGCAGCUGGACAUAAGUGAAAACAAAAUUGUCAUCCUGUUGGACUACAUGUUCCAGGAUUUGUACAACCUCCGGUCUUUAGAGGUAGGUGAUAACGACCUGGUUUUCAUCUCCCACCGUGCUUUUCAUGGCCUAAGUAGCCUUGAGCACCUGAGCCUUGAGAAGUGCAACUUGUCCUCUGUGCCAACAGAGGCUUUCACCCAUCUCCACAGUUUGAUCACUCUCAGGCUGCGCCACCUCAAUAUCAAUGUGAUACGGGAUUACUCCUUCAAACGUCUCUAUCGGUUGAAAGUUCUGGAAAUAGCCAAUUGGCCAUAUUUGGAUACGAUGACCCCAAACUGCUUGUAUGGAUUAAAUCUCACCUCCCUGACCAUUGCAAAUGCCAACCUGACCACAAUUCCUUAUGUAGCCCUGCGGCACCUGGUUUAUUUGCGCUUUCUCAAUCUUUCAUAUAACCCUAUCCAUACCAUUGAGGGGAAUAAGCUCCAUGAUCUUCUGCGUCUGCAGGAAUUUCACCUGGUGGGGGGCAGACUGGCAAUGAUUGAGCCCUACUCUUUCCGUGGUCUAAACUAUCUGAAGAUUCUAAAUGUGUCUGGGAACUCUCUUAGCACGUUAGAGGAGUCUGCUUUCCAUUCAGUUGGCAACCUGGAAACCCUUGCCUUGUAUGAUAAUCCCCUAGCCUGUGACUGCCGACUGUUAUGGGUUUUUCGACGACGCUGGCGACUGAACUUCAACAGGCAGCAGCCCACCUGUGCCUCUCCCGAGUUUGUCCAAGGCAAAGAAUUCAAAGACUUCCCGGAUGUUCUGCAGCCUAACUACUUCACAUGUCGCAAAUCUAGGAUUAGGGAUCGCAAACCCCAGCAGAAAUUUGUUGAUGAGGGAGCCAUUGUUCAUUUUGCUUGCCAAGCAGAUGGAGACCCUGCUCCAGUUAUAAUGUGGCUAUCCCCACAGAAAAAGUUCAUCACCACCAAGACAAUUGGAAGGCUCUCUGUGUUGCCAGAUGGUACCCUUGAGGUGCGCUACGCCCAGAUUCAAGACAAUGGUACAUAUGUGUGUAUAGCUAGCAACGCAGGCGGAAAUGACACCUCUCUGGCUCACCUGCACAUUCAUAGCUAUUCGCCUGACUGGCCAAACCAGCCCAAUAAGACUUUUGCCUUCAUCUCCAACCAGCCCACUGAAACAGGUGCUAAUGGCACAAGAGCCAAUGCCCCUUUCCCAUUUGAUAUAAAGACGUUGAUCAUUGCGACUACAAUGGGCUUCAUUUCUUUUCUCGGCGUUGUCUUGUUUUGCCUUGUACUGCUCUUUCUUUGGAGCAGAGGUAAAGGCAACACUAAGCACAACAUUGAGAUCGAGUAUGUGCCACGGAAAUCGGACGCUGGCAUGAGCAGCAGUGCAGUGGAUGCUCCUCGCAAGUUUAACAUGAAAAUGAUUUAAGGGAGUGGUGGAAUUUAAUCAUAUUGAACUUCAAAAUAAGACAAAAAGAAAAGAAGACAUUUUCUUUCCUCUCUCACAAACCUGUGGAUCCUGGUCUGUUAACACAGAGUAACAUGUUUUUUCCUGACUUUAACAAGUGAGAGGGAAUGAAAGCUCACCAAGUCCUACAUGGCCUUCUGGGGCACUGAUUGAAAGGCAGAUUUGUCAUAAACGGUUCAUAUUCCUGUGGAUUUAUACUGGGAAAAAAUAUAUCAGAAAAGAAAAAACACUUCAACAGCCAGAAUGCAAGAGGCAGAUCAGAUUUUGACCAUCGCUGUUUUUGUCUGUAUUUUUUAUUUAGUGUUUGUUUUUGAUUUCCAAGGUUAGAUGUCAAGUUAUGAUUGAGAUUAAUAUGGGUUGAUGAGCACAUUUAUACAACUGGGAUGCAUUACAUCAUUACAUCACAAAUAAUUGGUGUUAAAUUAUGAAUGCUAGAACUACAAAUUAUUUUUCUUUCCUACACUGACAAUAGUUCUGUAAUGCGUUAAAUGUAUAUCUUUGUCAGAAUACCUGAUGAAAUCUGUUGAAAGUGUACACCACAGCAAUUACAAGAAAUACAGAACAAAAGUAUUGCACAAUGAUAAUUAUGGAAAAUACAAAACUGUUGGUAAUACUGUAUGUAAACUCAAUUUGAAUAUCAAAGUGAUAAACGAUUCGAAACCCACUUGUUCAUCAAACAAUUACAAUGAAUGAAACUCUAAAACAGUUUACACUGGUCAGAUGUAUCAUGCACUUUUAAACUGCGGGGGUUAUAGAGGUGUGUGAAGUGGACAAAAUAUUAUCUAUUUUUCAAGUAAAGAGGCAGCAGUGUAGAGGUAAGUAUAAUUUUCAAUGAACAUAAAAAUGCAAAUAAAUGACAUUUAUUUAAACUUAAAAUUAAUAAACAUAUAAUAAAUAAGUUGGAUAUAAAUAAGCUACAAAAACUGAGUAAUUGAAGUGAUCUAAACCAAAAUUGUGUAAUAUUAAAAUUGUGUAAACUUAAAAUAAAACAUGUAUCACUCUAAUCAUGCUGCCCCCCCCAAUCAGAAUGCAUGAUGCCCCUGACACUAUUCUUUAUUUGACUUAGGGAUGCAUAAGCUCAACUGUUAUGAUACCAAUUUUACAUACAGAACUGUAAAAAAAAUCUGCCAAAAGUAUGCAAGAAUAAUUACAAUGUUAGAAAGGUAAAUGUGACAAGUUUUAGUUUUGAAAAGUAAAACAAAAUCCAGUUGUUAAAUGUGUCUCUUAAUAUAGGAUUUUAACAUUAAGGAAAUGAUAGCCUUUUGAGCCCAGUAUCUAAUAUCAGUGUCACUCAUCCCCAGUUUUCAGAUGCAACCCAGACAGUACACGUGGAUUGAGGAUAUGAUACAGAAGGCAGUGUGAGAUUUUGUAGAUAUGAUGCUUUGUAACAAGAAUAGAUGCAGCAUCUGCCAUAUGGUUCAGCCAUCCAACUGUACGGUUGGCAUUGCUACAUUAAUACUUUAAAAGCUCAUCCCUGACCUUUUAAAUUGCAUUUAAAAAAAACAAUUAUGUAAUGGUAUUAUUUUGUGCUCGACAUGAUUGUGAGGAAUAAAAGUUGUGGUGCUCACGUUUUUGGAUACAAUGUGCUCCUCAAGCUGUAGAAUAUUUCUUUCAUUGUGGGUUAUUUUUCUUGGUUGUUUGAUGGAAUCAGUGAUUUACUUAUGUGCCCCCCAUUAAAGCCAUGGAAAUAUUACCCACCAGGAUCAUUUUCAGGUUUGCUAUGCCCCACGAAAUGUGCAUUGAUUGUCCCGGGGAGAAGAACUGCUGCAUAUAGUGCUCCCAGUUGGUCCUGCAUAUAAAAUCUGAGGUUACAGCCUUACCUUUACAAGUACACACUGUGGACAGCUGGGCUUUGCAAACGUGUGUGAGGAUAAAGGCUAAGUCAUUUAUGAUGGAUGACAUUACAGACAAUGACACAGUAAUGGGCUGGAAGUAUGGACUGAAUAUGCAGAUGGUUGGAGUGACACAGAUGUUUUCACCCGUGGAGCAAUCAGAAGCAGCUUUGGUGUAAUCCGUUUUGCAUAAAGGAAAAAAAAACACUGGAUAUGGCUCAUGGUUCUCCCUCUUGCUGAUAAUGAAUGCUCUCUUUGUUCAAAGUGUGGCUACUGUACCUAGCCGUUUUUGGCCCCGAGUGAUCCCAGGAUUCUGUUUUUAUUUUGUUUCUGUUAUCCCUAUUUUUUUUAAUUUUGACCCUGGACUAUAUUGACCAUGUAGUCCAAGCCAACUUUUUACAAAAAAGAUAAUAAAAAAUUAAUCUAUGGAAAAUACAUUUAAAUUGUUCUGUGCAAUAAAGGUAAUAUGCAGAUUUUUUUUUUUUUAAAUUAACAAAAUUUUGUUGAUGUUGAAUUGUUGACAAUAUGGUAUGUUGUAUUAAACAAUCUAUGGACUUUUUUAAACA